CGCGCACACGUGGUCUCUCUCCCAAAGCACGUGAAAAACAAACACAUGAGGAGCCCCCUCAGACUCCCCAAAAAUGUCGAAAAUACUGAAUUUAUACAAAUCACUGGACCAAAGCAGUGACCAGUGCACGGAGUUCAUAGAGAGCCUUCUCUCAACCAGUUCGGACCUGCCCCUGAGCACCGACGAAGUGAACACCCUUCAGAAUUCCAUCAUAAGUGCCAUCAACUCUCGCCUGAAUGACUCAGGGACUCGCCACGAGGGUUUGAAGAUCCUCUCGAGAGUUCUGCCCACCUGUUCACAAGAAACAUUAUCAAAAUAUGGCUCUCUCUGGUUGGGAAAAGCCACCCAACACCUGGAGAGCCCCCACAGCACCCCCAAAGACACAGAUCUCUCCUGCAAAGUCCUCUCCAAACUGGUGAUCUCCUGCAAAGAGAUUCCAGAGCUGCAGAAGCAGAUCUCCAUGCAGAACGUCAAGCAGCUGAUAGCCCUGAUCUCCAGCAUGACUGAGGAGAAAAGAACUGGCGGUGUAUUCUUCGUAUUGGCGACACUCUUGUGCCACUAUCGAGAGCCCUGCGAACGCCUCCAGUCGACGAUUCAGAAGCUAAUCAUUCCCCCAAUCGACUCCAAGCACAGGAAUUUGGUUCAGGCUGGUGCCAACUGCUUCACUCUCCUCGCAAAGGCGACAGAGCGAUCCUUCAAGCCCCCUGAGACGUCCCCUGACUUCACAAGCAUUGCUUACCAGCAGGCCCUCAUCAGCAACGAUCUCCACGUCAUCCUGGAUGAAUUGUUCAGUGGAGUCCUGGAGCUCGACACUGUGGACAUCUGGGGAUCCCUGGAACUGCCCAGCCUCCCCCAGGAGAAUGUCGUCGAGUACUACCACAACGUGGAACGAAGGUUCCAAAAUCUCUGUGUCUACCUUGCCACAACCCUUCGUGGUUGCGCUGGGAAGAACUCAGUCUCCUGCAGGACGAUAAUGAAACUCGUGUGUCGAGGACUGGCAGUGGCUCCUGAGAACCUCUCCAACGAUGACUCUUACAAGAAGGAAAUACUGUACCUGAUGCUCCCGAAGAUUCAGAUGAGUUUACUAAACGUAUUGAAUGCCUUCAUCAACGGUUUUCGUGGGGAACUCGUGCCCUUUGCUCUGACAAUUCUGCAGUUGUAUCGACAGACGUUAAAGUGGACGGGGAAAGUCGAUCAGAGUGAGAGGACGAUGGGGGGCAGCAAGCCCUUCAAGACCAUCAGGAUUGGGGUCUACAGGAGUUUAUCGUUGUGGCUGAAUUGUCUGGGGAGUCUGUCUGGUGUUGACAUGAUAGCAGAGGAUAUUCUGCCAAAUAUCGUCAGAGAUGUGACGCCAGAGAGGGACCAGGUGCUGCUGACCAUCCAGAAGACCCAGAAUAUGUCUAAAAAGGCUCUGAAGAAGUUCAAGGACAGCCAGUAUGAGAGUAGCAUGGUUCUGGGGAGUGCCCCUAGGGUCGAGAAAAAUCCACUGACGAAUGCUGAAUUGUGCAGAGAAGCUCUCGUUGCUCUCCAGAAUAUCUUCUACAAUUCGGGGGUCUCGGUGGGGCCAGGGGUGUACAGAGCUCUUCAUAAAAUUAUCGUGCCUCUUCUCCUGGAUGUUUACAUGGAGAAGGACGAACAGAGCCUCUACUCGAAGGACUCUGAGUGCAGACUGAAUUUAUUGAGGGCCCUCAGGGCUAUUCAGAUGAAUCCUAGUGCACUGACAACUCCUCCUACCCAGUAUUCAAUACAAAUCUUCCAGCUGGCGAGCAAUGAUGGCGAUGAAGGGGUCGUGAGGGAAGCUAGAGUGGCUCUUGCUGAGUUGGAGAAGAUUGUGCAUCCUAGUGCUGGUCCUCUCGACUUUGCUCCUCCUCAGGCUCAGGAAGACUCUAGUCAGGAUGUUGAAUGCAUCGUUAGGAGCUCGACAGGUGCUGAUGCUGUCGACAGAAUACGAAAUAUCGUGGAGCAAAUUAAUAAUUCGAAGAAUGAGAGGCUCGAGGCUUCGAAUUAUGAGGAUAGAGAUGUGGAGAAAAAUAAAGAGGUGAUGACGAAUGGAAAGGGGAAGAAACGAGACAGUAGUACUGACGAAAUUGAGGUGAUAAGAGACGAAGUGGCGGACGAUGACAUCGAGGUGAUCGAGAAUGGUCAGCAGCAGCCUCCGAGGAAGCAGAGGAAGAUCCAGAUAGUCGAGGAUAUCUGCAUACCACCACGGGGGAAGGGGGAGCACAGCCCCAAAAAAACUCCCUCCAUCGAGGAAAUCCCCCAGGACGUGCCUGAACGAUAUUCCCAGGACAGUUUUGACAGCAAUCGAGGGGAGAGUGCCUACUUCACCAUCAAGGAUGCGCAGAGGGUGUCUGCUAACAGCUCCACGAGCUCGGAUCAGCCUGUGGAGAUCAUCAAGGAGAUCAGCCUCUCCAAGGAAAUUAGUAUAAUCGAGAGUGAAUCUAAAUCAGGGAGCAAGGAUGAUGGGUCUGAUGACGAGGUCAUUCUCAGCAUGUUUUGCGAUCAAAUAAAAGAUUAGUUUAUGCUCUUAA